GCUCUCGCCGCGACGACGCGCCCUAGCCGCGCUAAUUUUACACGCCUGUGACCUACUAGUGAUUGUGUUCUGUGACUUUCCAUUGGUAUAGCGAGUGGAGUAGAUAAUAAAUAAUAUAGUGAUAAGUGUAACAUGCCAGUGUAGUUCGGUGUUAGUGUUUUGAUACAAACGUAUUGUGAAUAUAUUAUAGUGUUCAUGUGAUGUGCUGAUUCCUACAACACAAGCAUGUCUUCACGGACGGGGCCCAGGAGUUCCGUGGCGACCAGCCAGAGGAAGCACCGGUCCAGGUCUACCCCCAGGUAUGACCUGGAGAAGAAGCCGAAGAAGAAGGAGGUCAAGUCCACGGGCACCAGCAGCCUGGUGUCCAUACCCAACAGCAUCAAGCUCACCAUGCUCAACAGUGGCCUCAUUUCGUUUGACCGAGUGACCUUUAAACCGGAGACGGACGAGAACGGCUCGAUAUCGGAGACGAUCCCGGACAAGCCGGUCGAGCUGAAGAACUUCCCCAAGCUGUGCGAGCAGCGCCGUAAGUUCCCCGUGCUGUACAAGCUGGAGUUUCAGACAGCCAUCAAAGCGGAGUCCCACAUCUCGUGUUGUCGGCACGCGACCAAGAAGACCAACACACACAAAAACCAGAACCAAAAAGUUAUUCCUUACGACUACAACAGAGUGGUGCUAUCUUCGGUGGACAGGGAACCCGACUCAGACUACAUUAACGCUUCCUAUAUAGAUAGUAUAUUAAAACCAAACGCGUACAUUGUGACGCAAGGCCCCACAGAGGAGACGGUGGUGUCCUUCUGGCGGAUGAUCUGGCAGGAGAGGGCCGCAGCCAUCGUCAUGCUCACCAAGACCUUCGACUUCAUCAAGGUGAUGUGCGUUCAGUACUGGCCGGCGAGCAAGGACAAGGACGAAACGUACGGAGACAUCAGCGUCGGCAUAGUCCAGGAGGAGGAGCUCGCCAACUUCCACAUACGCACCUUCAGACUGUACAAGAGUGAAAAGGAUGUGGUGGUGGAGGAGCGUUUCCUGCUGCAGUUCCACUACACCCAGUGGCACUCGCACACGUGUCCGUUCAGCAAUGCGCUCCUGGAGUUCCGGAGACGGGUGCGGGCGGUGGUGGGGAGGAGGCUGGCGAGCAGCUCCGCCAGCGGACCCAUGGUGGUGCAUUGCAAUGAUGGCGGUGGACGUUCCGGUGUAUAUUUAUCAGUUGACGCCAACCUGGAGCUGGCGGAGGAAGAAGACUGUUUUGAUGUUUUUGGAUAUUUUAAAAAGUUGAGGAAAUCGAGGAAAGGAUUAAUAGAAAAUGAGGAGCAAUACAAAUUCAUAUACGAUACGCUAGAGGAGCACGUGGUUUGUGGGGUCUCCUGGUUCCCAGUGUCGGACCUGUCCCAAAGACUGAAGCAGAAGUCCCAGAGAGACCCGGUGUCCAAACUAAACGAAUACCAGAAGGAGUACCAGCAGAUUUGCAAACAGACGCCAAGGUUCACGAUCGGUGACUGCGCGGGGGGCCACAGAGGAGAUAAUAGAGAGAAGAAUAGAGAUGUGCUGGUUGUCCCACCGGACAACUUUCGUCCAUACCUGACGUCCUUCCAAGGGAACAGUUUCACAGACUACAUCAACGCCGUCUUUGUUGACGGCUACACGAAGCCGCGCGAGUACAUAGUGACGGAGUGGCCGCUGGUGCGCACGCAGGGGGAGUUCUGGUCGCUGGUGUACGACUACGAAUGCGCCGCCGUCGUCGUGCUGUGCGUGCCGCCGAAGAACUCGCAACAAUUCCCGCCGUUCUGGCCGGAGGGGCGGCGGUCCAAGAAGUACGGGCCUGUGUUCACCAUCGACCACGUCUCGCACAACCACUACACCAACAUCAAGACAUGGAUAUUCAGGAUCAAUAAGAAGAUCGUAUCUCUAACGGAACUGAUGGCCGGCGUCAAAGCCCCACCGAAGACUGUCCAGCUCUUCCAGCUGACCUGCUGGCCGAUGGGCCACAAGGUGCCCUCGUCUACCAACUCCCUGGUGGAGCUGAUGAACAUGGUCGAGCGGUGGCGGCAGCGGACCGACUACGGACCCGUCUGCGUUGUCUCGCCUGAUGGACGCAGCCGCGCCGGUGUGUACUGCGCCGCGAACGCCUGUAUCGAGCAGGUGAUCCAGCACGGCGAGGUGGACGUGUUCCAGGCCGUCAAGACCGUGCGACGACACCGCCCGCAGCUCGUCGAGAACAUGACCGAGUACAAAUACUGCUACGACCUCGUACUCCACUACGACGAACUCUGGUUUAUCGAAUUCGGGCGCGGCGCCGCCCUGCCCACCACGCCGGAGGAGCAGAGCCCGCUGCCCGCGCCGAAGGACCGGCGGCAGCAGGGCCGGCCCGCGCACCCGCGCCGCGGCCUGUCCCUCGACCGCAUCAUGCCCAGCGCCAUCCGCCCGCCGCUGCCGCACGCCGUCACCGUGGACGCCCCCCGCCGCCCCCGCCGCGACCGCCCCCCGCUCCGCCGCUCCAUUCGCCUCGAGGACGACGACGCGGCGGCCGAGGAGCGGCGGCGCGCGUUCGGACGCGGCCCCCGCGCGCCAUCCUUCGACGAGGGCGACGCCAGCGACGAGCACGAGGAGUGCGAGUGCAGCCGCUCCCUCGAGCGCUCCGGCCCGUCGGCCGACACUCCCGACGACGACGACGACGACAUAGAACCAGAGUUCGCCGGGACUCCCCCCGUCGACGCCCCGAUCGAAAGAAACUCACACUUGCGAGGCGCCUCCGCCGACCGCAUCCUGGACCGCCGCGACUUUCCGCCGCCGCCGCGGGCGCCCUCGCGCGCACAGUCGCAGGGCGUGUUCGAGCGCCGGCUCCCCAGGAUAUAUAAGCUGGGCCUAAUGGACAAGUCGAAGCGCGCCAGCUCCGGCGCCCUGUACGAGCGCACCGACCGGUCGCCGACGGAGGCCUUCUACAACGCGACGGGCUCGACGAGGCUCAGCUCGCAGGAGCUCUUCGAAAAAUUUUGUUCCGAGGACUUCACCUCGCUUUACGGACGGGAGGAUCUCCGCAAGCGGGACCGGCGGCCGCCCCACUCCAAGUCCACCGGCAGCAGCGGCUCCGACGUGCGGCACGAGCGCGGCUGCCGGCGCGUCCCGUGCGGCUCGCAGCCCGCGCUCGGGCGCCGCCCCGUCUGUCACGCGACCCGGUCGGACCGCUCCACCGACUCCGACGACGCCUCUCCGCGCCGGUCGAAGCUCCGCGCCCUGCCCCUCGACGCCGAGAGGCAGAACUCCGCCGACUGCUCCCGCUCGGCGCCGCUCCUCAGCCCCGACAGGUUCGAGGCGCGCUUCACGUUCGACAUCUCGGAGCGCAGCGAGGUCACCUCCAACCGCGACGAGACGCCCUCGGACGCCACCGAGACGCGGAACCUCACGCUGUACGAGGAACCACACUCGGAUCGGACCAGCGUCUGUGAGCUGGACGACUCCGCUUUCGGUUCGCAGCGCCCAUCGCUCCGCCGGGACGGCUCGAGGAAACGCUUCGGACCCUUCGACCUGAGCGCCCUCGACUUCCGGCCGAUCGACGACGAGAGCCCGCGCGUCAGCCGGCGGACCUCGCAGAGGAGCGUCGAUGACACCAUUCGCCAAAACUCGGAGACGCGGAGCUGGGCGUCCGACUCGAUCUUCGACACGCCCGAGCGGCAUCCGCAGCUCGACACGUCGCCGUCGUCGACGGACACGCGGCGCUACCUCACCGCGCGCGAGUCCGCCCGCGCUGAGUCCGCCGCCGCCGACUCCACGCUCGCCGACACCACCACGGCGGAGGAGGCGCCGAGCGUCGUCGAGCGGUCCGAGCGCUCGCCCGCGCCGCAGGACACCGUCGACCUGCAGGCGGACGACGAGGACGACGAGGAGGAGGAGGUACCGACGCCCCCGCCGGACCCACGCCUGGCGAGCCGCCCGUCUAUGCACAAACUUGAGCCUCUGGAGCCGGAGCGGCUGUGCGGGGGCGGGGAGGGGGCGCGGGGCGGCGCGCGUCGGCGCGGGGCGAGCGAGCCGCGGCGCACGUCGCGCUGCUUCCCGCUCUGA